CCCAUCUUCUUCCUCCUCCUCCUCCUCACAACUCAACUAGCAUCACCACUGCUGGGGAUUUUCUUCCUCCUCCUCCUCCUGACAACUCAACUAGCAUCACCACUGCUGGAGAUCAAGAAAGCAGAAAGAGUAGCCAUGGCGGCCAAGAACCCCAAGGUCUUCUUCGACAUCCUCAUCGGCCAGGCCAAGGCGGGCCGGGUCAUCAUGGAGCUCUACGCCGACAAGGUGCCCAAGACGGCGGCCAACUUCCGGCAGCUCUGCACGGGCGAGAAGGGCCUGGGCAAGAGCGGCAAGCCGCUCCACUACAAGGGGUCGGCCUUCCACCGCAUCAUCCCGGGCUUCAUGUGCCAGGGCGGCGACUUCACCCGCGGCAACGGCACCGGCGGCGAGUCGGUCUACGGCCAAAAGUUCGCCGACGAGAACUUCCUGCUCCGCCACACGGGCCCCGGGGUCCUCUCCAUGGCCAACGCCGGGCCCGGCACCAACGGCUCCCAGUUCUUCAUCUGCACCGCCAAGACGCCGUGGCUCGACGGCAAGCACGUCGUGUUCGGGCAGGUUGUCGAUGGAUACCGCGUCGUGGAGAAGAUGGAGGCCGUCGGCUCGUCCGGUGGCGCCACCGCCGAGCCCGUCGUCAUCGAGGACUGCGGCCAGCUCCCCGACGGCGAGUAACCAGUGCCUGGCUGAUCUGAUGAUUCAUUCAGCUUGUUUUUUUACUUACUACUGAAGCUGAGACAGUUGAUAUGGAUCCGAUGGACUACUAGUUUGUUUAGGCGUGUGUAAUGACUGAAUGAAUGAAUAAAUUUACAGAUUCAGUUUCAUCAAUCUCUAAAGUUUUAGUGAGAGAUUCUUUCUCUCUUGUUAUGCCUAACCUGCAAGAUUUCACUAUCCAUGCUUAGUCUAGCUGCUUGAAGAUGAGAAGAAUAGACUAGAGAUGGUCCCAUCUUUUCUCUGGUUGAAAAAUAUGUUGACAUGUUGACAUGUUGACAUGUUGAGUGGUUCAACAUGUUGAAAAAUAUAGGAAUCAGCAGCAGGAUUACAAAUUAUGUUGACAUGUUGAGUGGUUCAGGCAUGAAUUCAGUUCACAUUGACAUGAUCCAACAUAAGAUUAACUGGUUCUGAUUCAACAGACUACUAAGACUAGAAGACCAUGGUAUGAAGAUUCUACUAGGAAAUAGAAUUAAAAAUUAUAAAUGUCUGAAUCUUGUUCAGGCUUGUUCAUCGUUUGCCUGAGAGAAACUCUGUGGAACCAGCAUCCCUGUUUCUAUGCACGCCCCGCCCCAAGGAUGUAGAUUGAAUUGCCAAGUGAUGCCAUUGGAUGACAAAAGGCUUGACACAUUGAUUAUGCAGUAGCAUAAGUUCUUUUAUCAUCGAUUCUAUGAUAGUUUCAAUCAUACGCUAGAGCUACUAUGAUUGUUUCAUUCAUAUGCUCGAGCUAGCUAAAUCUGAAUAUAUUUCUUUCUGCUGUUGCUGUUUAAUUUCGCCUGGCAGGUUCAGUCGGAGGAUGAAGAUGAAGCGGGCGACUAUGAAGAGGUGUUGUAGUGGAGGCCAGAUGCAAGGAUAUGUGCUAGACGGAGGAAACAGCAGCAGCAGCAUCACAGUAGAACAAGUGAUGAUGCCCAGUGUGCUCCAAAUGCACAAUUUUUUUUUAACAACAGAUUAGCUGAUGUCCGCCAGAUAUGCGAAGAUUCUAAUAUUGUCGGCGGGCAGGAGGUCGCACAAAGAGCAAGCUGGUCCAUCACCGUUUGGACGUGAGUGAGUUUGCUCUCGGCGACGACAGAGGCGCGGGGACGGAGGUAGAGCCCGGCCUCCGCAACAGCGGCGAUAGUGUAGGGGGACAAGCAGUAAUUGGGACACCAAGUUGACAAGCAGUAACAUCAGCUGGCUAGUUGCUCUGUGUUUUGUCUCUGUUUGUGUGUUCGUUUCAGUUUUGCACAUACUAGUGAAGCUGCUGCUGUUUAUGUUGGUUUAGGAUUCCAUUUGGUAUCGAAUAUGAUGAUAUGAAGUGAAGGUGUCCCUGACC